AUGAAUUUAGGUAAUAAUGAGUAUCGAAUUAAGAAACUAAAAGAUAUGAAAGAUCUAAGAAUAUGCGAAGGUGAUAGAAGGAAUAGAUACGAGUUUUUGAAGGAGUGUGGAGAAAAUGACUUGAAUGAUUUUGAGAGUAUAGUGAAUAAUAAAUCCAUAAGUGUAGACACAAAGAUAGAACUAUUUUAUUCCAAAUUGCAUACGAAAAUAUUUGACAUAUUUCGUAUUGUUGCAGAUUAUAACUGUUUGUAUAUUAUAAAUGGGGAGGGGUUGAUAAUUCAUAUUUGUAUGUUAUUAUCUAAAUUUUAUUGUUUUGAAAAUGAAGAAGAUGAAAAUAUUUUAUCAUUUAAUAAUUCUCUAAAUAUUAGUAGUGUAAUAUAUUACGUGGAAAAAAUAUUAAGUGAUAUAUCCACAUGUAAUUCCAAUUUUCAUAUCUUAUUUUUUAAUAUUUUGAACAUAUUUUUUGAAAAAGAAACGAAUGUUUUUAGAAAUUAUAAUUUAAUAAGGAAUGCUUUAAUCAUACAUUGUAAGAAAAAUUUGAUUCCCUUUUUUAUAUUUGAUAAUUGGUAUAAUGACAACAAUUACAAUUUUUAUAUCAUUAAAUAUAAGCCCUUGUUUAUGUUUGUUGAGGAUAGUUCAUCCUUUUUAUAUGCAUUCAAUAAAUUUUACCUUACCCCUAUUGAAUAUUCUGACACUUUGGACGUGUCAAAUCAUGGGGAAGUGUACUCUAAUGAUGAUACAAACCCAGUGAAGGAUAAAAACUACAAGGAAUAUGUUUUGAAAAAAAAAAUUUACGACCAUUACAAUGAAGAGAUUAGGGAGAUGUCUAUUUGUUUUUAUUUUCUCUUAAUCAAUAACGUAAUGAGGGAUAUAAAGUGCGUAUUUUUUUUUAACUUUGAAUCUGAAAAAAACACCAUAAAUGCAUUUUCUAUAAAUUACAUGGGCAUUAAUUUUAAGGCCCUCGAAAUAUUGAAUGAGGAAGCGUCAAUUUUGUUUGACAAAAAGUUUUACAACAAGGAAUCAACUGAUGUAGAGAAACAGAAUGAAUCAAAUAGAGAUGGAAAAACGAAACUCCAUAUUAUGUCACACGAUAUAAGAGAUUACGACUUAUUGUAUAAGGAAGAGGAAAGUUACAGCGAAGAAGAAUUGCAAAUUGUGGAAACAUUUUCAAAAGAAGUUAAGGAAAAUGCUUGUAAUUUGAAAAAUAUUGUUUUGAGAAUUUUUUAUAAGAGAAGCAAAGGGAUAUGUAGUUUAAAUGAUGAGAAAAGAUGGAAUCAUUUUAUUUUCACACUGAAACUUCUUUUUUUGCAGAAUUAUCUAAUCGAAAAGUUGAACAUGAGAAAUUUAUGUUUAUAUGAUUGCCCUAAGAGCGAAUGUGCGAACGGUGCUAAAGUAAUAAAAUGUGUUGUAGAACCGUAUGUAUAUUUGUAUUUAAAUAUAUACAAUUUUAUUUUGAAAAUGCUACAAAAGGAGUCUUAUUGUGACACACUGAAGAAUGUGAAAAAUGCUGAUUUGCUAAAUUUUUUUAAUGCUUCUAUAGUGCAUAAUUUGAUUAAUUUUACAUGUUUUAAACUAAGAAAAAAUGUACAUUUCAUUGUGUAUGAAGAUUUUUCAUUUGAAGAAAAGGAAUUUUUUGAAAAAUCAUUUCAGUAUGUGGUCGGUGGUGAUAGUAUUUCGUUUUUCCCUAUAAAUUUUAGUUUUCUAAAGGAUGAUAUAACUUUUUUAGAAAAGCAUGAAUUAACCAAUUUUGAGAAUAUUUUGGAAGUGUCAAAUGGCAAUAUUAAUAACACUGUGCAAGGAAACAAUAAGGAAGAACCCGCUGUUAUAGUAGAUAAUGGACAAAACGAAGGUGUCGAUGGAAAUGUAAAAGAUGCAUAUAAGGCUAAGGUUGUUACGAAUGUAAACUUAAUAAAAAUUCGCAAUGAUUUUAUAGAAACAUUUUUUAGUAUAAAAGAUUUAGUAAAUAAUAAUAUAUUAGAGGAUGAAAAUAAAAAGUUGAUACACAUUAAAUUAAAUUUAAUGAACAAAUAUGUAGAAUAUGACAGUGAAUUUUUUGAAUUGUUGGGGUUGCUGCAUAUUACUGAUAGAGAGAAUCUUAUGGAUAUUCUAAAAAGUUAUUUUAAAAAAUCGCAAGAAAAUCGAGUACCAUUAAGUUUAAAAGAAAAAGAUGAUAAAUAUAAAUUAAGACGUCAACAGAGGGAUGAAAAGAGAAAAGCUAUUAUAGCAAAGUAUUUAAAUAUUAGUUCUUUACAUCAUCCAAUAGUUAUUUCUGAAAAUCAUCCAUGGAUAAAAUAUUACAUUUAUAUCAUUGAAAAAUUAUAUAAUUAUUUGAAAGAUGAAGAUAAAAAAAAUGGAAUCAAACUAAGAAUGAAAAGGCUGUUUGAUGGAUCACUCGAUGAAGAAAAGAGGAAUCAGCAUCGUGAGGAGAUGAACAAGUGCAGUAAGAAGACGAAGAAAAAUAAAAAUGACAUAUUCGAAAUUUUGGAUGAUGAAAAUGAGGAUAGUGAAAUAGAAAAUGAUAUGAAUUAUAAGAAGGGGAAUAACAAAGAUGAUAACAAAAAAGGACGUAAUAAUAAUGAAAAUGUUCCUAAAAAGGGUACUAAAACGAACAGUACUAAUACGUUAAGUAGAAAGGAUGAAAUUUUGAAGAAAAAAGAAUUGUCAAGCGAAAAGAAAAUAUAUGAAGUUGAUUUGGAAAGAUACAAUGUGUUAGAAGGUAAAAUUAAUAAACUGCGUAGCAACAAUAGUUAUUCAGAUAUGAACACAUGGUCUCUGGAUAUAAUAUCCGGAUUUAAUAGACUAGUAGAUGUAUACAACUUUAGUAAUAUCACAAAUUUAAUUAAAAGCGUGGAACUUCAAAUAAAAAUUAGCUUAAAAGUUUUGAAUAGCAUGUUUGAAAUUAUAAUGUAUACGAAAUUAAAAAAUGUGAAGAGCGGUAAGCAGAAAUCAGAUGCAAUUAAAAGUGUUAUGCUGAUUUAUAAAUUAACGAACGAAAUUUUUAAUAAAUAUAAAGAAAAUUUAACUGAAAAGGAUAUAGUUCAAUUACAAACGGUAUUAUUAUCACUAGGUUUCAAAAAUAGUAGUUAUAAUUUAUUUGAAGAAUAUGUAAAAAUUAGGAAGAACAUUUCGAAUGAUUCUAAAACAGAAAAUGAAGAACAAAUAGAAGAAGACAAAUUAGGAAAUGUGAAAAGAGGUAAAGGAAAAGGAAAUGAAAAUAGGAAAGUGAAAGAUGUAUCAACUGAAAAUGAUAAAAAAAAAGGAAUUCAGAAAAACCUUAUCCAAAACAAAAGUAAGGGGAAAAAACAUAAUGAAUUUAGUGGUGAGUAUGAUACUACUCACGUCAGUAGUUCAAAUAAUGAUGGAAGUGCGAAAUUGUCGAAGCAUGAUGUAAAGGAAAAAAAUUUGAAUGAUAUUUAUAAAUACAAACUGAAUUCAGUGAAAGUGCAUAGUGAACUAAAAAUUGAUGAGAAGAAAGAACAUGAAUUUCAGUUAUAUUACAUGUACUAUUUGUUAGAUAGGACAACAGGUAAUAUAAAAGAUAAGCGUGUAUUGUUUACGCUGGAUACAUGGCAGUAUAAUAUUUUAAAUUUGGUAGAUAGAAGAAAGAGCAUUUUAGUAUCUUGCCCAACUAGUAGUGGUAAAACAUUUAUUUGUUACUAUGUAAUGGACAAAGUUUUACGUUUAAAUAACGAUAGUGUAGUUGUAUAUGUUGCUCCUAAUGAUACUUUAGCGUUUCAAAUUUAUCAUGAAGUAAAUGGAAGAUUCAGCACAAAAGGUUAUUCUAAAUAUGGUGGAAAUAAAUUGUGUUCUUAUAUGACUGAUAAAUAUGCAGAAGACAAAGCAUUAGAUGCACAAAUAGUUAUAGUUUUGCCUAGUGUGUUUGAGAAUAUUUUACUUUCUGGUUAUACAAUAAACGAUGAGAAUUCCAAUUUAAAUGUAUCAAAAUUUAUUAGUCGAAUUGAGUAUAUAAUUUUUGAUGAAAUUCAUUGUAUAGGAGAAAAAGAAUUUUAUGGUACGCAAAUAGAAAAUAUUAUUCAUUUGUGUAAUGCACCAUUUUUAGCUUUAUCUGCUACGAUAGGUAACAUAAAAUAUUUUUAUUCUUGGCUUCAAAAUGUUAUGAUAAAAAAAGGAAAGGGAGAAAAGGAUCUUCAUUUAAUAAAGUUUUAUGAACGAUUUUCAGAUUUAAUAUUGUAUGUAUAUACAAACAAGAAUUUGCAUCACCUAAAUCCUUUAGCUUGUUUUAAUUAUCGAGAUAUUUUGUAUAAAGGAAUAAAUAAAGAUUUUUAUUGCAACCCAAGAGAGAUAUACGAAAUUAUAAUUUUGUUAUUCGAAUUAGCUAGAAAAAAUAAUUUCUACCAUUUGGUGGAAUUUUUAGAACCAUCCUUUUACUUUCAAUACACUAGAUGUAUAAACAAAAAACAGUUCAUUUAUUAUAUGCACACAGUAAAAGAAACCAUUGUUUAUUUGAUACAAAAUAAGUAUAUCUCCAAUUUGGACUAUGAGAUGUUCAUACACAUAUUAUUGUCGAAUUAUAUGAAAAACGCUGAUUGGGUAAAAGAUGAAGAUGUAGAAGGAGGAAAGGAAAAAGAAAGAGAUGAAGAAGCAGCCAAGAAGGAUUCUAAAAACAUUCAAAGUGGUACUACGAAGCAUUUAUACAGUAGUACAGGUACCCAGGAAAUUGUUCCAAAGCAGCAACUUUUUCAAGAACUUUAUAAAAGUGUAAUACUAGAUGAGAAAUACAUUUUGAAUAAAUCACACGAUUUAGUGAAAUAUACAGAAACUGUAAACUCAGAACAAGAGUAUUUAGAUAGUGAUAAAUUAAUAGAAUUACUAAAACAGUUGGAGCAAAUUAAUUUUUUACCAUGUAUUGUAUUCAAUUUUGAAAGAAAGGAAUUAGAAGAUAUGACAAUUAACUUGAUCAAUGAAUUGAAGAGAAGACAACAUGACAAAUAUUAUGGAGAUGAAGAAAGGACAUUUAACACAAAGAUGGAAAAUAAAUUGAGACAAGAAAAAUAUGAAAAUUUAUUGAAGCAAAGAGAAAUAUUAUUGAAAAUGAAAACUGUUUCUCGAAAUCAAAGAUUGGAACAGAAUAUGGAUAAGGAAUAUUUAGAUAUGCUGAAUGAAGAAGAAAUACCAGAACCACCUGUAGAUGUUUCAGAAGAAUAUGAUGGAGAUUUUUAUUUUUGCAAUAGAAAAGUGUAUAUUAAUUAUGUUACAGAGAUAGAAGAUUUGAUAAAAGAAGCAGAAAGAGCAAUAGAAGGAAGAAAAUAUAAAUCAAUACUGAUUGAAGGUUUGAAAAGAGGAAUAGGUUUGCAUUAUGAAGUGUUACCGUACAAAUUUACUAUCAUUGUAGAAUCUUUAUUUAGAUUAGGAUAUAUUAAAAUUAUCUUUAGUAAUAAAAAUUUGUCCUUAGGUAUUAAUAUACCAUGUAAGUCUAUUAUAUUUGCUGGUCAUACAUUUGAAUUAAAUUCGAUUAUGUUUAAACAAACAUCCGGAAGAGCUGGAAGAAGAGGUUUUGAUUUAUAUGGAAACAUAAUUAUAUGGAAUAUUAACUUUAAAAAUUUAAGAAGAUUAAUUACUUCUCCUCUGCAGACAUUGUCAGGAUCGUAUGCGGUAAAUUUUACAAAUAUUUGUAGAAGUAUGCUAUUAUAUAACUGUUUGAAAAAAAACAAGGAUAUGGAAGAAAUUACUAGCAGAAAUAAAUCAAUUGUUAAUAGACCGAAUAAGAAAAAGAAGAAGGAUGAUACCAUGACUGUUGCUGAAAAGGAAGAAAUUUUUGAAAAGAAUAGAAGUAUUAAUGUAAAUUUUUAUAGCAGAAUUAAUGGUAUUCUCAGCGUUUUUUACAAUUCAUUGUAUUAUGUAAAUGCCUUUCAACAUUGGGGAGAUGGUGACAAUGAUGAUCAAGCAGGUACCUAUUUUUCUGAACGAACUACUAUGACAGAAAAGGAUGUAUUAGAGGAGCAGAAAUUACACAAUCAUGAUACAGAAGUGAAUGCUGAUAUAACAUCUUCUCCCAAUGCAUCGCAUAUGAAGAAUGAGAAUUCGUGUGUCGAAUCAAAUGAAUACAUACUUGAUCAAGCUAACGAAUUUAACCAAUACAAAGAGAGAAUAAAUGCGCUUAAAAAAUUUGUGGAUAGAAAAUAUGAAUACAAUGACUUAUAUUGUGAAUUUUUAGCUAUGAAUAAAAACAAGAAAAGAGAAGUUGGGAAAGGAGAAAAGAACUUAAAGGAAUUAUGCUACAAAAUCAAAGCUCAUUUUUUAAUGUUUAUAAACAUUUUAGUUGAAAUGGAAGCAAUAGAUGAAGAAUGUAAUGUAAUAAAUAUGACUGAAUUAGCAAUAUUUUUAAAAAAGGAAUGCGAUAACAAUUUAAUAUUAACCUACUUGUUAAUAAAAAAAGUGUUACAUAAUAUUGUUGGAGAUACCACAUUUUUAGGUUCAUCUGUUAGUAUGAUUCCUUUGCAGAAAAUAAUUGAUCGUAUAACUUUUGAAAAAAAUUACUCUCGUAACAUAUUAGUAGAUGAUUCGUCAAAAGGGCAACUUAUUUUGUUAUUUAUACUUUCUCAUUUCAUUAAUAAAAUAAAAGAAAAUAAAAUAGCCAUAACCAAAGUUUUAAUAAAUGUUAAUUGCAAAGCUAGAACAAAAUUGGAAUUGUUUAGUUCGACUUAUUUUCCAUUAUUACACGCCUUACCAGCUCCUGUAAGAAAGCAUAUUAAGCAUAUUGAAAACGUAUUACUAAGGUACCUUAUGAAUUAUUCCUUUAUAAUUUUGGCCAAAUUAAAUUUGUUACAUAACAAGAAGACCUACUUGCUUCCCUACACAAAGUUAUAUAUUUUUGAACAACAUCCUACACUCCAUUUGGGAGAGAUUUUUCCCAAUUUGAAUUCUGAAUAUUUGUCCUUUUAUCAGUCCAAAGUAGGUGAGUACAAGAUUAGAUCCCCUUUUCUGGCUUCCCUUUUCCAAUGUGACAAUUUCAGUAACUUGGAUGAACUGCUUCACACUUCCAUACUGGACUUAGACAUAAGGAUGAACAUGAUUCCAGAUAUUGUAGAUGAUUACGUUUCGUUUUUCAAAUAUGAAGAUGAUGUGAUAAAAGAAGAAAAGGUGUGCUUAAAGAAUUCAUAUAUUUUGGAUUAUUUUAUUCACGGGAAAUAUAAUGUACUAAGAAGUAAAAAUGAUUUAGGUCAGUAUAGUUGGUACAUUGUAGACAGAUUUAUUCAAGCUCUAAAUAACAUAGAACACUUUUUCCAUUCAGUGAAGAAGGAUAGUUUGUUGUUAGCAUCUGAUGUUUUUUAUACAUAUCUGAAUAAUGUAAAGGAUGUUUUGGAGAAGUACUUCAAGUCAAUUAAUUCUGUACAAGCUCAGAAUGAUUAA